GAGAAACAAACGACGAGGCGUUUGGCGGUUGGGGUUUUAUUUUGAAGUCUCAGACCGGAAGCCGUCUGUCGUCAUUGUAAACACCCCCGGUAACGGUAGGACGUGUCGGCGCCUCUCUCCCGGUUCACUCGCUCUGUACCCGGGUUAAACCUCAGCACAGCGGGCCGUUCCAGCUCAAGGGCAACAACUGAGCCGAGCCGAGCCGAGCCGGGUUAACCGUCCGAGUCCAGCAUGAAUGAGUCUGAGGGGCUCCGGUUCCGGCGGGUGCACCGACCGCAGGUCAUCACCGACGAGCUGCCGGAGCACCGUUACAAGGGAUCCGGCACCUACAGCGGGAAGGUUUUCCAGGUGACUCUGCUCACUCUGGGCGGCUUUCUGCUGCUUCCUCUCCUGGUCAUCAUCUUCAUCCUGGAGUCUCCCAUCCACCCUGAAGCGUUCAGUCUGAAGGAGCCUCCGGUGAUGAAGGGCUGCUGGGAGCCGAACCUGAAGCUCCGAGAGGCCGAGAGACUGUUUGAAGACCAGAUCAGCGGACCAGAGUCCAUCGCCAACAUCGGAGAUGUUUUGUUCGCUGGAACAGCUGACGGGAAGAUCUUGAAGCUGAUUGGCCGAAGAAUUCACACGGUGACGAGACUCGGAAAGCUGCCGUGUGGUUCCAAAGAGGAGGAGUCCAGCUGCGGGAGGCCGUUGGGGAUCCGAGUCGGACCCAACGGGACUCUGUUUGUUGCCGACGCUUACCUGGGUCUGUUCGAGGUGGACCCCGCCACAGGUGAUGCGACCAGGUUGGUGUCGGGGGGGCAGGUGGUCGCCGGCAGGAAGCUGUCGUUCAUCAACGACCUGGCGGUGACUCGCGACGGGAAGAAGGUGUACUUCACCGACUCCAGCAGCAGGUGGCAGCGCAGAGACUACAUGCACCUCAUCAUGGAGGCCACCGCCGACGGGCGGUACGUUAGAACACGGUUCACCAGGAAGCCUCCGCUGGGGGCCAGCGCCUUCAGAAAACUAGUGUUGGAGUACGACACAGAGAGCAGAGAGCUGACGGUGGUGAUGGAGAACCUUCGAUUUCCAAACGGCAUCCAGCUGCUUCCCGACGAGGAGUCGGUGCUGGUGGCGGAGACCACCAUGGCCCGGAUACGCAGAGUCCAUGUUGCCGGGCUAAACAAAGGCGGGAUGGACACGUUUGUGGACAACCUGCCCGGUUUCCCCGACAACAUCCGUCCCAGCUCGACCGGAGGUUACUGGGUGGCCAUGUCUGCGGUGCGGCCGAACCCCGGCUUUUCCAUGCUGGACUUCCUGUCCCAGAGACCCUGGAUCAAGAAACUCAUCUUCAAGCUCUUCAGUCAGGAGGUGCUGAUGAAGUUCGUCCCUCGGUACAGCCUGGUGGCGGAGCUCCACGACGGCGGCAUCUGCACUCGGAGCUUCCACGACCCCAACGGCCUGGUGGUGGCCUACGUCAGUGAGGUCCACGAGUACGAUGGGAGUCUGUACCUGGGCUCCUUCCGCUCGCCGUACAUCGCCAAACUCGACCUGCGCAAGGUCUAAAAACCGACGAAUCAACAGACGGACUUUUCUGACUUCUCCGUGUGCCUAAAGGAUUAAUAUGAAGUCUGAAACCGCGACGCAGCGUUCGUCUUUAACACUGAUGUCAUGAUGCGCCGGGAGCUGAAAUAAAAACCGUCACAGGUGGUUUGUCAAACUCUGUCGGCGUUCGGUCAACACUUUUGUUUCAGAGUGAAAUUUCUCGACAGCUAUUUAAGGGAUUAACACGAAAUUAGGUUCAAACACUCAUGAAUCCCAGUGACGCCACCAACAGGAGAGCCCGACAGUGUGCUCGCGUUAGCCGAUCUCUGUUUUGUUUUGUGGACGUCGUGAACCACACGGGGGCUGGGUAUCGAACUUUAAUACCUUUUUGGUACCGACUGAAAUGCGUCUGUAGCUCCGAGCAUCAAAACCUGUCAGAAACUGAGAGUUGAAUCAAAUGUCUGCUCAGAUUCGUGAUCUUCUUUAUAUUCUAGAGUUCCUGAUUUAAACCCUCAUUUCUUCAGUUUUAGUCUGUAUUUUAUUUAGACAUUUAACUUUAACUUUGGCUUCUUUUGUUCAAUGAAAAAAAAAGGUUUUCAUAGAAAAACAUGUUUAUAUCUUUCAAGGUGAGAAGUGUUGUUUUGGUAUUGGUACUGAAACUCAGGUUCUGACCGGAAACCCAGCCCCAGAACCACUCGCACUAACCGGCUGAAAAACUGCUCGCAAGCUAGCUCAAGCUAAUUAACUCGCUCACUAGCUUAGUUAGCUUGCUCAUUGAAGCGCUCACUAGCAAGCUAGCUCGCUCGAUCAGUGUAGCACUACGUAUAUAAAACUUGUGCAGGCAAACAGGAGGAAUUCCGUACGUUGUAUUUUACGUACAACUUUACUUGGGUUUUUUUGCUCGUUGAUGUUUUGGGACACACGCAGGUCAUUUCUCACUACCUCCAGAGCUAACUUUGUAUUGUCUGGGUUAGCGUCGUUAUUGCUACUAGCUGCCAUCUCUCACUUUAAUACGUUAGCUAGCCUGAGCCGACAGAUGUCUAUCAAAGUGUGGUUAAAAAAAAAGUAAUUUUAUUAGUUUCCAGCGUUAUUUCUAAUUACUGAAAAUGUCUAUAUAUAAGCUUCAUAACCUCGCGGCAAUGACUUUUCUACCCCGCUGCUGUGUUCAGCGUCGAUUGUUUGUAAAACAAGGAAAAUUAAGUUUAAUUACUUUGAAUGAGACCUUUGGUUGGCGUGAGGCGUCCGUGUUUGUUUGGUUAUAUUAUUUAGCACCAAGUCAGAAAUAUCAGAGCUUUCAGAAAGUUCGAGUCGUGAUUGCAUGUUGACAUAAAAGCUGUUUACAAGUCAGAAAGUAUGUGAUGCAUAAUGCACGAGGCAUGUUAACAAGUUAGAAGGUGAACAAGUUAGUAAUAUUUAGCAUGUUGUUGAUGUGCUAAAUAUUACAUACUAAAUCUUAGCAUGAUACUGUAAACAUGGUAACAUGCUAAUAUUCACAUGCUAACAUUUAAAAUAACAUAACCUAAAUUUUACAAAUGUUACACGCUACAAACACAGCAUGUUAAAAACUACUGGGUGUCAAGGCGUCUAAAUAUAACACACUAUUGACUCUAAUACAGUCAGCAGUUUACCUACACCUGUACCUAUUGAUUGUACCUGGUUUCACACCAAUAAUCAACAACAGAAGCAGCUAACUGUGGCUGUUUAACGGUGUGACUGUUAGCAACCGUCUCGGAAAAAUAACAACAGUUGGAAUAACGUUUCUUUCCCACUUUGCUGACAUUGUGUGAAUGCAGCAUUAUGCCGCGUUCACGUCAUAUUGAAGCUACCGUAAUUACGACUGGGAAACCGAAAGGGAAGAACAGGAAAAACACCUGUUGUUCCGACCUGGUAGCGUUCACACAUUAUUCCAAGGUGGUUAGCCUUAAUGCUAACCUUGUAGCUACACCAGAUGAAACAUAUAAUAAACUAAAUUAGCUAAUUCUGUUGUUACGUAUUUGUAGCUGUUCGUUACCAAGUGAAACGAGAUACAAACAAAUGGACUGAUUUAUUGUUAAUAUUGUUGCUUAAUAGUUAAAUCUUGAACUACAAGUCGGAGGCUGACAUGAGCGCUUUUUUCCCACUCGGCUGCUCGUAGUUACGAUUGAAACGACAUGACAUGAACGCAGCAUUAAUAAUACGAAAGUGCUUGAAAAAUAAACAAACAUGGACGCCGCACGUCAGGUUAAGUCUUUUUGUUCAGCGUAAAUUAACUCUUUAACGACUGCAGUGUCACGAUUUGAGUUUUUGCCCUCACACUGUGAUUAUUCAUCUUCAGUUUCCCGCCUCUACAGCCCAUGUGACGUGAACAUAAGUCUUGUUUCAAAAUGGCUGCUGGGACAUGCAGAUGGUUUAUUUUAAUUCACGAUUAAAAGAAAACGGCCGACGAUCUCGAGGUAACAAGAUAACGAGUCUCCGACUUCUAGAGACGCAGACGUUUGAUCGUGUUUGUUGUUUUGAAGUUUUUCAUGUCCGAGUUGUUGAGACGAGGUGCCAAAUGUAGUGUUUGUCUCACGAGGAUCUUUGUUUUUGCACUAAAGACGUUCAGCUUGUUUUUACAUUUGAAUGAGUUGAAGCUCAGAGCUGCUGAGACAGAAACAGUCGCUGCAGUUUGAUUUCUGUCAGAUUAGUUUCGAUGUGUAUUUUUGUGUUUUUCCUUCUCGGGAUGUGACGCCAGAUUGAACUCUUUUCCUUUAUUCGGAUGAACCUGUUCUGCAGCUUUUCAGCUUCCUUUAAUCAAAAACUGAAUAAAAUGUGCAGUUUUAAUGAA